AUGCUGCAAAGACUCCAUAGUUCUCACUGUGCUGCAGCCUCACCAGUCACCUAAGUCAGCCUUUAUAAGUGCAGCUAAGAAGGCCCAUCUGAGAACCAACCCGCCCAAAGUGCGCUUUUCAGAGCAAGUGUCCUUCAGUGACCCAGACUCAACAAUGCUAAAGGACGACUCUUUGCUACUCAUACCAAAUGUGCUGAAGGUGUUCCUGGAGAAUGGUCAGAUCAAGUCCUUCACGUUUGACAGCCGCACCACUGUCAGGGAUGUGAUCUCGUCCCUGCAGGACCGCCUGUCCCUGCGUUACAUAGAGCACUUUGCCCUGGUGCUGGAAUCAGGUGGGCUGGACCAGAACCAGAGACUACACAUGCUGCAGGAGAACCAGCCGCUCUCACAUGUGGUGCACAGGACGUAUUUCCAGGGGAUGAAGUGUCUCUUCCGCAUCUGCUUCUUCCCCAAGGAUCCAGCAGACCUGCUCAGGAGGGACCCUGCAGCCUUCGAGUACCUCUACAUACAGAGUCGAAAUGACGUCAUCAAAGAGCGCUUCGGCAUGGACUGGAAGUCUGACGUCACACUGCGGCUGGCGGCGCUUCAUAUCUACAUCACAGUGUCGUCGGCCAGACCUAAUCAGAAGAUCUCCCUCAAGAAUGUGGAGAAAGAGUGGGGUCUGGAACCCUUCCUACCCCUCACUCUGCUGCCCACCAUCAAGGAGAAGAAUGUGUGCAAGACCCUGUCACAGCUGCUCAAGACCUAUCAGCAUCUGCCUCCCUCCGGCAACAAGGUCCCUCCUCUCCAGGGAAAGCUGCAGUACAUGCGGGUGCUCAACGACCUUCCGCCCUUUGGAGGAUUGCUGUUCCACACCGUCGGACUAGAUGAGACGCAGUCGGCCACUACGCUGCUGGUGGGUCCGCGGCACGGCAUCAGUCAUGUGAUCGACCUAAAAAACAACCUGACCACGGUUCUGACAGAGUUCAGUCGUGUUGCUAAGAUACAGCUGCACCGGGAGAACCAGGGCGUUGCCCGCGUAGAGGUGGCCAUACAUGAGGCCAAGCCUCUGGUCCUGUUGAUGGAGUGGCCUGAUGCCAGUAACUUCGCCUGUCUCAUCUCCGGCUACUACAAGCUGUUCGUGGAUCCCAAACGGACCAUCUACUACAGGACACCUGGUCAGUCUUAUAUGAUCAAGGCAGAUUACAGAGGUUCCCACCACGCCCACCCGCGCUCCGGCGCCACAGCGGUGUCCAGUGGGGACCGGCGAGGGGACGAGAGGGAAAGACCCCAUACGAGGGACCCAGGGUCCCAGUCUCAGAAGACAGCGGCCACCCCACUGCCCGCAGAGUCCCAACACCUGGGUCUAUGCCACGUCCAUCUCCGGGAGCAACAACAGCUGCAGGAGCUCCAAAUGCAGGCAGAACCCGAGCUCGACAUCAAUGAGAACUUCAUUUCCCAAGAGGCACCAGGGCGGCCCCGUACCAAGUCUGACCCGACGCUGCAGAGCACGGAGACGAUCACCGGGAGGCCAGAGAGCCCCGUCCAGGAGAGCUCAGUGGCCUUCAGGAGCAGAGUCCAAACAAUGGGGCAGUCCCACCGAACUACACGGUUCUUCUGUGACUCCUGCAAGGCCCGGUUGAGGGCAGAGGGAGUGGCUGUGGGCUUGAACGGUGGAUGCAGCGGCGCCUCGUCGAAGCACUGCUCCAGCGCCUGUGCCUCCCGCAACGGAGGUGCAGUAGACCUCAUGGCCCUGCCUCCCCCGGGGAAUGAAGAGGAGGAGGAAGAAGAGGUGGAGGACAUAGGAAGAAAGCUGCAGCCGCCCCCGCCGGCCAUUGCUGCCCCUCCACCUGGGUUCAGGGACAACAGCUCAGACGAAGACGACGCCAAGAGAGGACGGAAAUCUCGACCCAACCCCAACCCCGUCCCGCGUCCAAGCACUGCAACUGGGGCUGCAGUCAGCAAGAGCUCUGCCAAGGCUACUUCCAAGGAAGUGGUACCGGCUCCAGAGGAUGUCCCGGUGACGUUGAUAGACAACGUGGCAACCAGGACAGUCCGGGACCAUGCCCAGGAGCUGGAUGAUGCUCUGGUGUCCACUCUGCAGGCACUGGAGGCCCUAGCUGCAUCAGAGGACUUCCCCCAUCACCACCAACAGCCAGCUCAGACCACAGGCUUGAUCGUGUUGGCGGCCAUUACGCCUGAGUCAUCGCUGGACUCAGGGCACGAGACCAACUCGGAGCUGACAGACGUCUCAGAGAUGGUGUCGGCCAUGAAGCAGCACCAGAACCAGGCCUACCUGCUGGCCCACCAUAUCAACAAGGAACGUAUCUUCAGUCGCAGGGACUUCCCCUUGGCCAUACCAGGCUGCACCACCCAGACUAUAGGAGGUGGUGCGUUCUCCAUGGGUCAGAUCCGCGGCGGCUGCCCCUCGAAGCCAGUGAUCCUCAGUAAGACUGUUCCCCUAAAGCUUAGCCCUGGACAGGACACUGCCAGUCCAGGUCUCAGCCCAGUGGAGCAGGGGAGUAAUGUUACCCAAGACCCGACGCAGAGUGAGCCGAGUGAAUGCAAGAAGGAAAAACCAGAGCCCACCAAAGCGUGCACCCCAGACCGCCCUGUGAAGUCACCUGAGGAGCUGAAAGUCUCAGAUCCAGGGCAGGCACCCAAGGUCGGCAAGGAUCAAAGGUCGCCCUGUUCUGCUGUGGGCAAACUAAGCCCGAAUCUCUCUGUGGGGGUCAAGGGGAAGAAGUCUGCGCCUCUGAGCCCGGACCCUACCAACAAAGCCUUACCCAUUCUCUUGCCUGUGGACAGAACUGCCUCCGCCAAGAUUUGCCCCAUGAAUAUGUGCCAAGAUGCCGAGACUGCCUCUAGCAAGACCAUCAAGUCUUCAAGCGCUAAAGAACUCUUGCCAGUUGAUGACCUGUUCUGCACGUGCCCAGUUAGAGAACCCGGGCCACAGCUAAGACUGAAUGAUCCACAUACCCAGAAGGUAGUGGUAUUCCACUCCUCUUCCCCAACAGAUGAUGAGCGUCUUCAUGCCAAAGGCCUCCAACUGGCCAGCAGCAAAGAGAGCACAGCAAGAGCAGCAGGAGGAGGAGGAGCAGACCCCGUCUUGGCCAAGCCCAGCCCCCAGGUCUCAACCAAGUACUCCCAGUCCCCACACAUGCCUGUGAAAGCUGAGAGGAAGGAAGCAGCAGAGGCCAAGGCAGAGAGGUCCCAGGGUAAAGCUCAAGCUGAGCCACAGAAAUGCCCCCCGAAGUCAUUACCUCUCCUGGGAGACCCCACACACCCUACCUGCUCUGUGGACAAGGUCUCCACUCUCCCAUCUGUCGACAGUAAGAAGCAGGGUGGCGGUAAAGGGAAGGCCCAGCAUAGCGUCCCCUUCCUGAGUAUCAAGAACCUCCUGUCGGCCACGUUCCCAGCUCGGAUUCGGCGGGAGACUGACGAGCGCAGAGCCCAGCUCCAGAAGGUCCGGCAGUACGAGUUAGAGUUCCUGGAAGAACUUCUGAAGCCCAAGUCGUCCGGGGGCGAGUACCUACCCCAGGGGUCCUCGCCAGUCCCCUCAUGCACCCCAUGUGCUUGCCAGCUCCUUACAAGUCCUGUGCUAAAAGCCCCCGGCAUCUCCCGAGAGCAACGCCGCAGCUGCGACUGCAAGAGGAUGUGUAGAGGCAUCCGACUGCCCGAUACACCGGGCGGCUCAACUGCAGAGACACAGCAGCAUAGAGGCAGAGAGAGACCCCUCUCCAAGAUCCCUCCAGCGACCUCCAAAACCCCUCACCCCCAGGGAGGUCCGAGGAGACCUCAGACCUUAGAGAUCAAGACCACCCGAAUCCGCUCGACCAGUCUGGAGUCGCGGGAACCCAGGGGGGAGCAGGCUUCCUGCUUGCCCACCUGCACCUCCCGCACAUCAGACUGCAUGGGCGCCCCGCAGUACAAGAAGCUCCAGAGGCGGUAUAGCAUCGGGGAGGUGGACAACGCUGAAGGCACCCAGCUGUACACCGAGGUCAAACCCAAAGCCAAGAGCCUGGAGAAGGAGAUGGAGCGAGUGAGGGCCACAGGACUGAGGCUUCCAACAACCGUGGAGCCCGUUCACAAUCAAACUCAAACUCAAACUCAAACGGCUGCUGCAGAGGCGAAGGGGAUGAAAGGAGUGUUCUUUAUCCAGGGAGAAGAGCUACUGCGGGAGAGCAAAGAGGGGGCACCGACAGAGGUGCUGCUGGGGCUGCCUAGUGAGGACACUGAAGACAGGGAGAACUGCUGCUCCUUCUGUUUCUGCUACAGGAAGUGUGAGGCGGCGGACGAGAGCAGCGAGAAAGAAGAGCUCUCCUACUCCAUCCCUCUCCAGGUCCUGCCCGGGAUGCAGCUGGGUUCUCAGACCUUUCCCGUCAUCAGCAAAACGCUCCAGGUCCUCCACGCUGAGGGCUGCAGUGGGGAGGAGGAAGAAGUAGAGCAAGAAGAAGAAGAGGAGCCGCAGACACAGGAAAUCGACCUUCGGGCCUGCGGGACUCUGGAGGGGAGCCUGGCGAGGGUUCAGUUCCUGCAAGGGAAGACGUUCAGCCUGCCGGACGGUUUCCUCAAUGCCCAGCUGGAUGCUAAUGAGCUGCUAGCCAUCCUGCGACAAUGCGCUAACAUUCCCCAGGUGGCUAACGAAUCACGCCUCCAGCCGUCCCGGAUCGCCGAGUACAAGCAGGAGCUGGCGGUGCGCUUCAAGGAGUUCAGGGCGGCGUGCAGGAGGGUGGCGAGCGUUGAGAAGAGCCCCACGCGCAUGCUGAGCGUUGUUACGGCCAGCUUCCUGGUCCUCUGCGAACUGACUCAGACCUUCAUCAAGCUGGUUAGAGGGGUGCGUUCAGAGCCCCAAAGGCUGCAGCUGCUGCGAAAGGUUGAAGAGGUUGCUAUCAAUUACACUUUGCUGUUGCGUGCAGCCGAGGAGGCGAUGGGCCACUCCAGUAGUCUGCCUAACAAGAGCGUGAGUCCCCAAGUUACUACACCCACCACUAACAUGGGCUCCCUCUCUCGCCCAAUCAAAACCCUGCCCACCCAGUAGAGACAAAGCAGGGGGAAGUUAGUGAAUAAUCAUAUAUGACAGUUGGGAGUGUGGGUGGCUCUCAAUGCCCAUUAGUUAUUUAUUGUUUACAGGACAUGCAAUGAUCCAUCCUCAGCAAAAAUCGCAAUGCAACUGCUCGAUUAUGCGUUUACAGGGGCUGUGGUAGUUGCAGCCUAGAAUGGCCCUGUAGUGUUCUAGAAUAAGAGACAGACACUUGGGCACCGCUGUACAAAAGGUGCAAGGACCUACACCUCUGAAAUACUGGGUGAAAACAGGGCUAACCACUCCUCCUUGUCAACUCUCACAUUUCAAAAUUCCUUCUCAUUCUUUUCUAUGUAUAUUUGAGUUGUAUCUUUUAGCAAAGUAUACCAUUUUGUGGAGAAGAAAACUAAUGAAAAUAAUAUAUAAAAUUGAGUAUAACAAAUAUAAAGAGUAAUACAUCUACAAUAAAUCUUCAGACAUUUUAAUGUGCUCUGGGCAAAAAUACCGCAGAGAAAACGUCAAAGUAGCGAAAUCUGUGAAUUAAGGUAGUCCAAAGCCUGGGUUAGUAGUGUUUGUUUGUUACAUUUUCUAACUGUUGUCACACAAUGCGUUCUGUUGGUCAUCCGGACAAUGUCAUGACCUGCACCUAAACAAUAUCACAUACACUACCGGUCAAA